AGUAAUGAAUAAUGGAUAAAUAAUGAAUGUUAUGUUUGUAAAACAGUUUAAAUAGAGAACUGAUGCAGAAUGUAGUGAAAAACAGAUAAAAUGAAAGUAACUGUAGAGCAUGGCAAUGGAUUUUAAAUUUGCAAAAUUGAAUUCUCGUUUCAUAUAUUUUGAAAAUUAAUUCUUUGGUGGUUACAAAUGUUUAAUCUUUAUGGUAUGCUGUUUAUUAAAGCGCAAGACUGAGAGAUGGCACUAUCGAAAGAAGAUUGGUUGAAACUAACUUGGGUUUUACAAAGCAAAAAGGGAAACUUUCAUUUCAAUAAUUGAGAUGGGAGUAAGGCAAUAUAAGCGUUAGUUAAAAUGGAGAACGGUGGAUUUGAUACCCAAGUGUUUAAUGAAAUCAAAAAGGAAGAUAUUUCUCAACCGGUAUCUGAGAGAGAGAAAUUAUCAUUUCAUCAAGCUGCUCGGUAUGGAAAUGUUGCUAUUGUACAAAAAUAUAUUCAAAAGUAUCAUGGCAAGAAACGAAAAAUAAACAAAUUAAACAAGCAGGAGUUAAGCGCUCUUCAUUAUGCUGUUCGUUAUGGACAUAUGGAAGUUAUAAAAGUACUAAUCCAGGCUAGAGCAAAGGUUAACAUUAUUGGUUCAGACGGAGCACAACCAAUCCAUUUUGCAGCGAAGUAUUUUAAAGUCGAUAAACAUAGUGAUGCAACUCAUUUAAUACGACAUGUACAGCCUGUUAUCCAAGCCGAAGAAAAUUUCAUUAAUGUUCAAAAUGAUGGGACAGUUCUAAAAACAUUUUCCGUCAAUAACGGUAACGACACGUCAGAUGUGAUCACAUACCUUUUAAACAACGGCGCUAACGUCAAUGCAGUGGAUAACUACAAUCAGACUCCGCUUAAUUAUGCAGCUGUGAAAGGAAAUUUAGAAGGAAUGGCAAUACUUUUAAAUUGGCCAGGUAUAGACCUGGAGGUGAUAGACACAUCUGGAGGUACAGCCCUUCACAAUGCUUGUGGUAAUGGUAACACAGAUGCUGCGAAGUUAUUAUUAAUGUCUGGUGCUACUCUCAUGAGGUGGGAUAAUGAACACAUGAAUCCGUUACACUACGCAGCCACUGGUGAUGGUGUCUCUAUUUUAAAAGAAAUACUCUUUGAUAUCGAGAAGCAAGGUGGUACGGUUGAUAACUGGACAUUAAAAGACAUUAUCAAUGACCAAGAUAAUCAAGGCCAAAGCAUUCUGCAUUUAGCUGUAGAUACUGGCCACUACAAUACAUGCUGCUUGGUGAUAGAGAAGGGUGCCAACGUAAAUCUUUGCAAAAGUGGUUUUUCAACCCCUCUUCAUUUGGCAGCAGCCACAGGUAAUACUGAUAUUGUGAAGCUGCUUGUUGCAUCAGGAGCCGAUAUUGAAAGUCAAAAUAUCGUACUCGAAACGCCAUUACAUAAAGCUGCUCUCUUCAACAGACCUGAAGUUGCAAAGUUUUUACUUGAAACGCGCUGUUCUGUUGACACUUGUAACCAAGACAACGAAACGCCAUUAAUUAUCGCUGCUGCGAACGGCAAUCUCGAAACUCUUCAAGUGCUACUGGAGUAUAACGCGGAUCUGCAUAUUGUCGACACUACGGAAAAGUCUGCUAUUUUUUGGGCUGCGGAAGAAAAUUCUGUUGAAGUUCUCAAGCUUUUGUUGGAACAUGUGCAAAAAAGCGAUUCUUCAUGUGUGGACGACCUGGUCAAUCAAAUGGAUCGUUUUGAAAAUACUCCUCUUCAUGUCGCUGCUGAGAAAGGUUUUAAACAUGUCGUAGAACUUCUUCUUGAUACAGGAGCGGAUGUCGAUGCUUGUAACGAUGAGGAGCUCACACCUUUGCACCUCGCUUCAAUGAAUGGAAGAAAAAAAGUGACAAUGUUGUUAUUGAAUAAAAAGCCCUCCAUUAUCAACGAUGAAGACGAAUCUGGAAAUACCGCUCUCCACCUUGCUGCUUUGCAUGGUCGUCCAAAAUUAGUUGAUAUACUCAUUGACUUUGGUGCAAGUGUAGACGCAAGAAACUCUGUACUGUGGACACCAUUAGACUGCGCUGCUGCGAAAGGUCACACUAGCGUUGUGUUGCAUCUAUUAGAUCGCGAUUCACCUAUCGACCCAAUUGAUUUGGCGAGCACUACACCAUUGCAUUUAGCUAGUAGAGAAGGUCAUGAUGAAGUGGUGGAAGUACUGUUGCAACAUGGAGCAGAUCUCAAUCUUGUUGAUCAUACGGGAAGAAAUGCGUUAGACAUGGCUGUGGAGAAUUCGCAUAGAAAAGUGGCACUUGCGAUUCUUGAUCAUCCUGAUUGGUUAUCUGUAAUGAAAAACAGAUCGAGAGAUGGACGAAAUGUGACCACGCCUAUGAGACAACUUAUCAAAAAGUUGCCUGAUGUGGCUUACCUGGUGCUAAACAAAUGCAUGAAACUAACAACACAUCUACCGCCUGACAGUUUUGAUUACAAAGUUCAGUUUUACUACGAUCUCCUUGAUGACACAUAUUCUGAUUGGACGAAUGACGGUGAAGAGUUGGAAGAAGACCAAAAAAGUAUUGUCACGACAAGCUCGACGGUGGAGGGUGAUAAUGUAAACAAACUGACAGGUGAAGUACAGAAGUUAAUGGAAAGAAAAAGUAAUCAUCCAUUGUGCAUGAUGUGUCAAUAUAAGAGAGGAGAAUUAUUAAAUCAUCCAUUAGUUAUAUCUCUUAUUUACGAAAAGUGGCAAAGAUUUGGUCGUAUUGUGUUUUACUCCAAAUUUGCUGUGUAUUUUGUGUUCCUGUUCUUUCUUACUGGAUAUGUAUUAGUAUCAAGGCCGUAUCUCCCAGCUUAUGUGACAAGUAACGGCACCAGAGUGUGUGUAUCAAAGAUCACAAGAGCUGACAAAGAUGACGCCCUUGUUGUUAUUUUCAUGAUUGCUGGUAGAUUGCUUGUUAUUAUACUUGGUACUUUCCAGUUGUUUCUAGAGUUGUUACAACUGGUCGCAAGAGGUAUCGGGUAUGUUCGAGAUCUCACGAAUGUCAUGGAAUGGUCCAUAUACAUCAUGGCUAUUUUCUAUACAUUAGAUGACGUUGAUCAUUACAUUAACACCAAGCAAAGUUGUAGCUCAUUGCAUAUCAGCAUUGGUUCGAUAGCCAUCUUUUUAGCUUGGAUUGACUUGCUCUUGUUUAUUCAGAAGUUUCCAACACUUGGUAUUUACGUGGUCAUGUUCACGGACGUUUUGAAGACCUUCUUAAAGUUUUCAAUGACUUUUGUUUUGUUCAUUAUCGCAUUUGCUCUGGGUUUUUUCACGCUACUUGGAGAUCAGAUGCGAACAUUCAGUACUUUCGCUCGUGGCAUUGUCAAGACUACAGUAAUGAUGAUUGGUGAAUUCGAUUUCGACGCGACUUUUAACUCUGCAGAAUUCGACCCGCCCGUGAUCACAUGGUUUCUUUUCUUCAUCUUUGUUAUCAUUAUGACAAUUUUGUUGAUGAACUUGAUGGUUGGUUUAGCUGUUGAUGAUAUCAAAGGUGUGUUGGAUCAGGCUGUCGUAAAUCGUGUAGCUAUGCAGGUGCAUCUUGUACUGGAUGUUGAAAAAUCUUUACCGAGUCGUUUCCGCCAACGUUAUGUAAUGAAAGAAAAAACUGUUUAUCCGAAUCGGGAAUUUCACUGGUUUAACUUGAUGUCACAUAUCACAACAAUGGAUGAGAUUCAUGAAGCAGUCAACCCGACGAAGUCUGUUUCAGAUAUCGUCCAAGAACAUACACAGUCUAUCCGCCAUUCAGUGGACAAGUUGAAAACAAACUUUCAAGAUAUGAGUAAACAAAUAAAAAAUCUCGAACAAAUGAUGGAAGCACUUUUAAAACAUUCUAAUCUAUCGAACGAUACGGAUGAUUGGUGAUUGGUUCCCAAUAUUAAGGCUGCGACUUAGGUUUUUGUGUACACAGGCUCGCUUGUUGCUUUUCCUCAUUUAGGUUGGUGAACGUAAUCGAUAUAUCGAGAUCAACUUUAAACACAUUUGUCACCAUAUAAAAAUUGCAUCACUUUCAGCACAAGGAAAGUCUCAGAAUCCGUACUUUUUUUACAAUCCCUGUAGGGUUCCCUACAAAAUGUUGAAUAAAAUAUUAAAAAGGGGGUAAUCGUUUCAUACUUAUAUUGUCUGUCAUAGAUAUUAAUGUGUUUGUACUUUGCCUUUAUGUUUUGUAAAUUUUGAGUGUCGAAAAAAACAUGUCGACAGACAAGCUUGUCGAGAACAUGGUUAAGAAUUACUGCUAUGUCUGUAGUUAAAUACAUAACUUUUUUAUUACGAUUGUUGUAAAUAUUCUAAACACAAACAUAACGGUUAAUAAAUUUAAAAUUCUUACUUGUCAAUUGCAUAACAUAGAAAAAAGACCCAAAGUUUUAGAUGGCUUCCAGUUAUUUUUAACUCAAAUCCGUUGAUUCGGAUGACUUUUAUUUAUUUUUUAAUUCAUUGCAUUCAAUCGAAAAUAACUUUCUAUUAACUCUAUAUAACCUUUGUAUAUGCGAUACAAGUAGUAAUCAAACUAGGUAGUAUGCAGUCAGUACACGGUAAAUUUUCACAAGAUAAUAUAGUUCUAAUAUAACAAAA